UCACCCUCCAGUGAUCCUGUCCCUCUCUGUACCCCAUCUGUAACCUCUACAUCCUGAACAUGGUGAUGAGCUUCCGCGUGUCAGACCUGCAGAUGCUCCUGGGCUUCGUAGGCCGCAGCAAGAGCGGGCUGAAGCACGAACUGGUGACCAGGGCCCUGCAGCUGGUGCAGUUCGACUGCAGCCCCGAGCUGUUCAAGAAGAUCAAAGAGCUGUACGAGACGCGCUAUGCCAAGAAGAGCUCCGAGCCGGGCCCGCAGGCGCCGCGGCCCCUGGACCCCCUGGCGCUGCACGCCGUGCCCAGGACUCCCCUGUCGGCGACCACCGUGGACUACCCCGUGCUGUACGGGAAAUACUUGAAUGGACUGGGGCGCCUGCCCACCAAGGCCCUGAAGCCCGAGGUGCGCCUGGUGAAGCUGCCCUUCUUCAACAUGCUGGACGAGUUGCUGAAGCCCACCGAACUGGUCCCACAGAGCGCCGAGAAGCUGCAGGAGAGCCCAUGCAUCUUCGCACUGACCCCUCGGCAGGUGGAGAUGAUCCGCAACUCCAGGGAGUUGCAGCCUGGAGUGAAAGCUGUGCAGGUGGUGCUGAGGAUCUGCUACUCGGACACCAGCUGUCCACAGGAGGACCAGUAUCCGCCCAACAUCGCCGUGAAGGUCAACCACAGCUACUGCUCAGUGCCGGGCUACUAUCCCUCCAAUAAGCCUGGGGUGGAACCCAAGAGGCCCUGCCGCCCCAUCAACCUCACCCACCUCAUGUAUCUGUCCUCGGCCACUAACCGCAUCACCGUCACCUGGGGCAACUACGGCAAGAGCUACUCCGUGGCUUUGUACCUAGUGCGGCAGCUCACCUCCUCAGACCUGCUGCAGAGGCUAAAGACAAUCGGUGUGAAACACCCCGAGCUCUGCAAGGCCCUGGUCAAGGAGAAGCUUCGCCUGGACCCGGACAGCGAGAUCGCCACGACUGGAGUGCGAGUGUCCCUUAUCUGCCCGCUGGUGAAGAUGCGGCUGUCCGUGCCCUGCCGUGCAGAGACCUGCGCCCAUCUGCAGUGCUUCGACGCCGUGUUCUACCUGCAGAUGAACGAGAAGAAGCCCACGUGGACGUGCCCUGUGUGCGACAAGCCCGCAGCCUACAGCCAGCUCAUCAUCGAUGGGCUGCUGUCAAAGAUCCUGAGCGAGUGUGAGGACGCGGACGAGAUCGAGUUCCUGGCGGAAGGUUCGUGGCGCCCGAUCCGCGCGGAGAAGGAGCCGAGCUGCAGCCCGCAGGGCCCCAUCCUGGUGCUCGGCACCCCGGACGUCAACGGGCUGGCUCCAGCCUCCGGCGUCCCCGGCGCGGGGGGCGGCCCGGGCGGCGCGGGCAGCGGGUCGGCUGCGCCCGGCGGCCUGGAGAACGGCAAGACGGGCGCCGACGUGGUGGACCUCACACUGGACAGCUCGUCGUCCUCGGAAGACGAGGACGAGGAGGAGGACGAGGAGGAGGACGACGACGAGGGACCCCGGCCGAAGCGCCGCUGCCCGUUCCAGAAGGGCCUGGUGCCCGCGUGCUGACGCCGCCGCGGGGCCCGGAGGGCGGGAGCCGCCGUCCGUCCCCGUCUGCCCCCGGCCCCUCCCCGGCCCCCGGCUCCCGUACCUCUGGACUCUCCCCUUGGGGGCAUAUAAAAAAGUAAAAUGACAAAAAAAAAAAAAAGAUGAAAAGUACAAAAACAAGAGCAGGUCAACACUCGGCAGGCGCCGCCCGCCCCAGCCGCCCGCAGGCGCAGGGCCGCGGACCCUGAGGGCGGCGCCCCCGCAGCGCCGCGCUGGCCGGCCGGGCCCGGCUGUUCGUGAGAAGCCAUGGCGGGCCGCGGCCACAAUGUGCAAUAACGCGGGGCGCGGGCGUGGGGGGUGUCAAUCCAGCCAGCUACCUCGGUAACUCCACUUCAUUCAGGUUCACUUCCCACGGGGCGGCGGCCCGGGAGCCGCGCUCCCCGCCCCGGCCCCGCCCGACCGUCAGGAAGCAAUACCGGGGCCGGUGGGGGCGGGCGGCCUGGCCGAGUCUCGCAUGAACUCGCCGGGAGGCCGGGGCCCGGGCAGCCGCGCGGCACUCUUUUCUAAUAUUUGUAUUCUAAUUUAAUUGUUUUUUAAAAAUGCAAAUAAAAAAAAAAAAGGAAGAGUA